ACCCGAGCUGAUCUAUAGGCUGAACCAAUCAGAGAUCGCUAAAAACAAAAGCAUGAUAGACAGCCCAUCAUCUGGCGAUGGUGCUUGCCGCGUUAGAUUCCUUCUUCACCGGGAAAAGAUUGACUUACGGAUGGCCAAUGCUACUCCAAGUGCUUCGUCCACAAAGGAGACAACAAACUAUGCCCGGUUGUGCCGUCUUCUGGUUGAUAUUGGAACCCAGGCUCUUCGAGACACGUUAGAUGCCAUCCAUGCACCAGCAAAUCUACACACAGUUUUGGCGGAAAAGAAAAAAACCUUAAAAUCUCUCAGAGCGAAGAAGGUUAUCAAUCCGAUUCAAUGGGGGAAACUUUUCCCUGUCAUCCCAACUUCAGUAUCUUCACGUGACUUUGACAUAACUUUGCUGAUGAUUCUUUUAAGACACUUAUGCGGCUUAACUGCUCCGCCCACCGGCUGGGACGCAUUACCUGCCACUCAUGACUUAAGAAAAGAAGCGGACAUUGCCCGAGUUAAGUAUUUUAGGAACACCGUGUACGGUCACGCUGAGAAAGCUUCCGUUGAUGACAUCGAUUUCAAUGACUACUGGCGUGACAUCCGGGACAUUUUGGUCAGACUGGGAGGUGUUACUUAUGAAGCUGCUAUUGACGAUCUUAGAAACGAGACCAUGGACCCUGAAACUAAAGAUCAUUACGUGGAACUACUGAAUCAGUGGAAAAAGGACGAGAACAGCAUCAAAGAUCAGCUGGACGAAAUUAACAAAAAGCUUGAAUUCCUAACAUCAAAAGAUAUUAAAGACGAAGGUCAGCCGGAACAGGGCGCCGAAGCUAACUUCACAGUAAUUACACGAGAUUCAGGGGGACAAAAGUUCCAUAACGAGCAAGAACAAGUGACCGUCACCGUUAGCUAUCAAACCCGGGAUAAGGAAGUGCAAGUCGUAGAUUGCAAAGUAUGUUACAAACCAAAGAGUGUUAGUCGACACGACGUUGAAAUCAAGGUGAAUAAAUGUUCGCUGACCGGUAGUCCGUCGAAAGUCGAGGAGAAGCCACAUCAGUACAAAGUAGUGAGAUCGUCUGGGUCGGGAGAAUUAAGCGGACCAUACUGUAUCGCAAAGAAUGAAAUAACUGGAGACAUUGCAGUUGCAGAUUAUAUGAACAAAAGGGUCCAGAUCUUUGAUAAGGACAUGAAACAUGUGAAGAUGACAAUAGGAGGUAAGGCAGACUCACAACUUUGUGCCAAGAUAGGUUGUCCUGUGUCAGUGGCAUUCUCAAAGAGCAAUGACAUCAUGAUUACUCAUGAGCAAUACAGAUCACAAAAUAAGAAGCUUUCAGUUAUUACUGAUCUUGGCCUCUUCAUCGAACAUUUUACUUAACAUCUGAUUAAAGCACAUCAUAUUUCUGUCAAAAAUGACGAUGGCCACGUGAUCGUUUGCGAUGAAGGUGACAGAAAGAUAAAGGAAAUCUCUUCAGACGGGAAAGAAUUGCUGCUGGCCUUCUCUGCCCCGGAUAGUGAAGUGAACCCAAGCUUUCCAUAUUUCUAUCGUGGCAUGUUCUUUGUUUCCUAUAUGUUAGCACAUUGUGUGAAGGUCUUUGAUAAGGGAGGAGUGUUUCUUUAUAACAUUGGUAUUGACGGUUCUGGUGAAGGAAAGCUGAGAUAUCCCGAGGGACUUUCUGUAGACUUCUAUGGCAACCUGAUCGUGUGUGACGCUAGUAGUAUUGAUCAAAAUCUCCACAGUGGCGUCCUGAAAAUGUUCACCUUGGAUGGAGCAUUUCUCACCUCAUUUGGAGAGGACACGUUCAAAGUUCCUUGGAUCGUGUCUAGCUGCAAUAAUGGCGAACUGCUCGUUGCUGAUGUAGUCGGGGAUAGUGUUCAUAUUUUACGAUAACCCGUUUGCUCUCUUGCGAAAUGAAACACAAAUGAAACAACUCUUCAGUCGAUCUUAAAAUUGCUUCUAUAAAKUCAUCUUCCUUUUUCCUGUUAAACAAAUCGCCCUUAAUGUUAUUCAUUAAUGGCUUAGUAUAAAAUGUACUUUUAUUAAACAUCGUAGGCUACGCAGUCAAGGAAGACUAGAUUGCAAAUUGAGUCAAAUUAACAAGAAUUACAGUUUUUCCUUUGACUGUCUGAGAAUUCUUUUGUGCUAAUCUAACACUUUGAAGGUGCUAGGGCAAUCGGACGUCUUGGUCACUUGACUGCGUACAUUUUGAAUUCAACGAUAAGGUGGGAAAUCAGUCUUGAAUUAUUUCCGGUUCUUCGAGUUUCUUUGUGAACUCUGACACUGCAUCUUUAAUAGCUUCUCCACUUUGCCUAUAGUGUUUCAUUUUAGAAUGAAUACCACAUUUAAUGUCCCCAGCUGUACCUUCAUAUACCUAGCCUAACUGGCAGUUGUUUGCCCGACUGGCAUGAUCAAUUUGUAAACUUGCGUAUAUUGGAGACUUCCCAGCCUUACUGGCGUUUUUAUGCAAAGUUUGUUGGUUUUGUAAGUCUAUCAGUAAAAGUGACAUGAUCGAUUCUUACACGUUCUUUGAUGGUAAAUUUUGUGUCAACGUAGAAGACCUCCAAUCUUACGUGGCAGUCUGACUAAAAGAUAGUGCAGACUACGGAAAGUUUAAGUUCUUCUCUUUUUACCAGGCCCUCGCUAAAUAACUGAUUUAAAGUCACGCUUCUGCUUCUUAGUUGUUUAUUGUUUCAAAUUGAAGGGAAUUACAGAAAAAUGAUAAAGAAGGGAAAUGUUGC